ACUUUCCUUUCAUCCAGAGGCAAUGUGAUGAACUGAUAAACCACACUUCUCAAAAUAUCAAAGGAGGAUCCUUGUGGUUGGAAGUAAUGGAUGGAUUCAUCCUAUUUAUUUAUGUUCUCAAGACAUGCUGCGAGCACCAUUGGUUUCACCUGAAAUCCCUCUUCCUACUUUGUUAUAUCCAACCUCUAAGUUGCCACUAGUGCCUUCAUUUUUGCCAUCCUUUUUAUAAUCUCACUCUCUCCUCCCUCCGAAUAUAUAGUAUUAUGAUGACUGCUGUAUCUGCAUUAAUCGCCUUUGGAGCCAUGCCUUUCAACUUAUGGAUAUAUACCCAUCGGUGGACCUCUGAGGACUUGAAAGUGCCUUACGUGCAUAUCCUAGCUAGCCUUGCCUUGGUUGCACUUCCCUCUAUUCUUGGGAUGCUUAUCCGCUACAAGAGCAAGAAGUGGGGAGGGAGAAUAAAAAAGGGUUGUGGAAUACUGGGUUGGGUACUUGUGGUGGCAUCCGCAGCCAUGUUGCUUUCUAUCUACUGGAAGGUUCUUCUGAAUGCUGACCUGAGACUUCUGGCAGCUGCUGCAUUACUUCCGGGCGGGGGAUGUCUCAUUGCCUAUAUUGUUGCUAAAAUUAUUUGCUUUAGCCACAAAGUAUGCCGUACCAUUGGCAUUGAGACAGGAUGUCAGAACAUGCCCGUAGCUACGAACAUCAUGCUACUCUCCUUCCAAAACCCAAAAGUACGUGUGCAGCUAGUAACAUUCCCCCUGCUGUAUGCCAUCUGUCAACUAAGUAUGAUCUUCGUAUUCAUCGGACUUUUCCAUCUAUAUCGGUUUUGGUGGGGAAGAUCUUCGGAAGAGGACGAAGCCGUAGUUAUCAGGAGGAAACUAAAUGAGGCGCCGGAAGACCAAAACACAUCCCCAGGACCCACCACGCCCACUUCGCUUACCUUCCGCACCAGCAUCCCUCUUCCCGAUCACUUGAGUCCGGAGCGUUACAAGGAAGCGUAUCCAGAUUUCCACGAAAUUGAUUUUUUAAUGGAAAAUUAUACAAAUAAAAG